AUGGCCGCGAUCGAGAUGACGGGCCAAAGUCAUCAGCCUGGUACGGAUAUGGCUGAUGCAGAUAUGCCCGUGGAGCAACACGAAGAACAGCCCGAACAUAUUGAAACUUCAAACGAAGAACCACUCAAGAAACGCAGGAGGGUUGCAAAGCCCAAUGCGGACAAGAAAUUCGAGUGCAGUCACGAAGGCUGCGGAAAGAGUUACUCUCGUGCAGAGCAUCUCUAUCGCCAUCAACUCAAUCAUACACCAAAAAACAUCUACCAUUGCGAUUACCCUGAUUGCAACCGCUACUUUGUUCGCCAGGAUCUCUGCGUCCGUCAUAGAGAGCGCCAUACAACAGCAGGCUCUCAGCUCCACAAGAGAGACAGUUUCGUGAGAGCGUCUCAGGAUCAGCAUAAGAGUCCUACUACCAUAUUCCCGUCAGGUACUCAUGAUUCCAACUAUGGCUCUUCUGUAGUGUCCCAGGCGCAACAAACCAGUAUGCCAAUACAAGACCAGUACCUCCCGGAUGGUCGUCCUUUCGAGCCCUCCAUUACAACCGAUCAUCAGCAGCAUGUGCCCUUGGCUGAUACCCCCUCCUCUCAUGUUGCACCGCCAACACCUCGAGAUGCCCCCCACGUUUCCGGUCUGGCACACCAUCGUAGCAAUAGCUUCGAAAGCAAUCCACAGCUCGUUGGUCAGCCUCACAACGUGAACAACUGGACACAUCGGAGAAACAGUGUCAACCAGAUUGCAUCACGUCCCGCACCUGGUCAGACAGUGUCUCAGUCAUUGCCACAAUCACCUCACAGAACCUACUCAAGCUCUUCCCUCUCGAUGCAUCCACCUGCACUUCCAAGGGCUGACUCUGACAACUACAUCGGCAACAAUCACCAAGACGCUAGUUACUUGCCUGGACCUGAGGUACUACAUGCAAGCUAUUCGACUAGCAUGCGCUCGCCGAACAUGUCCCGACAACCACACGACAACUUCGCUGCUGCUGUAACCCAAGGACUCAACGGGGUUCAGACAGACCCCUAUCUGUACGCGCACAUCGGCAACGGCAAUCCUCAUAUUGAUGUUAACAGCGCGUAUGGUUACACGAUCUUCGGACACGAUAAUCAGAACAGGUCACCUUUCCUAUUGAACGACGACUUCACAGCUUGGUUGUUCAAUCCUAACGUGGCCGAGCAACCCAACUUAUCGCCUGAUUUCAUGGAUACUACCUAUCUGGACAACUCUUUCUCACAAGUGCGGGAAUCUACUUUGUCCCAUAGUCCGACUAUGACUAUCCCGCACCAAGGCCAUUUGCAUCUUAAUCCGAAAAUGAGUGUAAGCAGUAUCUUAGAAAACUCACAUCUAAACAGUUACAUAAUGUCGGACAACAAGAGGCAUGAACUUCUUGUUCUUAUGCAAUCACAAUUUGUGGAACGUACUCAUGAUGCUGUCAAGAAGCGUAAGGACAUGAUUUUUGAGGGCGAUGUUGACGCCGAUGGACACAUACUUAGCUUGAGGAUGAUGCACACCUACAUCGGGUCGUACUGGUACCAUCAACACGCACAAUUGCCGAUACUGCACAAGCCGACGUUCUCGGCAGACAACACUCCCAAUUUAUUGCUUCUAGCAGUUAUUGCCAUUGGUGCCGCGACGCUCGAUAAGGCAUACGGCACUUCAUUGACUGACUCGGCAGCUGAGUUCGCGAAUUUUAUUGUCUGGCAUUUACGUUGGGAAAUCAUUCGAGAUAUUGAUUUUCGACCACCCGCGAAGCUAUGGGUAUUUCAGACCCUGUUGCUGAUCGAGACAUACGAGAAAAUGUACUCUACCAGAAUACUGCACGAACGAGCACAUAUUCACCACGAUUCGACGUUGACUCUGAUGAGAAGAGGCAGCUCUUUGAUAGGCAAAUCAGCACUAGAAUCACCAGCAAGCCCGGCUGAAGGUCGUAACGAAAAGUUCACCAACGGCGGAAUGUCCCAUAAAGACUCUAAUGAUGAAUGGUCGAGGUGGAUCUCUAAUGAAGCAACAAAGCGCGCUGCAUUUGGUGCAUUUGUCCUAGAUUCUAUUCAUUGCACUAUGUUUGGUCAUUCGGCCAAAAUGGUGGCGCAUGAGAUGCGUCUUCCCCUACCGUGUGAUGAGGCAUUAUGGGCAGCCACUUCACCAGCAGAAGUAGGUCGAGUUCAAGCCUCUCUACGCACAAACGGCGUUAAACCUAUCUCGUUUUUGGAAAGUCUCAAGCGCACCCUGAACGGCCAGACGGUGCGAACAAACUCUUUCGGUCGGACAACUAUCAUGGCUGGUCUUCUUUCUGUAUCAUGGCACAUGACCCAGCGCGAUCUCCAGAUCCAGUCAAUUGGCCCUCGAGCUGCGAACUCGAUCGGAGGACCAGACAAGUGGAAAGGUACUCUUCUUCGUGCAUUUGACAACUGGAAACGCGAUUUCGAUGAGGCCUUGGCUGAAUCAGCCGCUAACGCACCUCUAUCGCCUCCCCGUCGUAUCAGCCCUAACCCUACUCAUCCAACGUUUCUUCGCCCGCUCGACGAUGAAAACAUCUUUGAGUCGCGCACAGUCCUCCAUCAUCUUGCUCAUAUCGCAGCUCAUGUCGACAUAGUGGAUUGCCAGGUCUUUGCCGGCGCCGAUCGACUUCUCAGCCGCAUUGUCACACCACGUGAUUUUGGUCUGGUACGAGAUAAGAUCGAGAAAUGGGCGACAAGAGCCUCAGCCCGGGACGCAGCCUUCUACGCUUUGAAAUUUAUCACAACCGUACUCAUCCCACCUCCCCACACGGACAACAACAGCGACAGCAUCGACAGCCGCAUCUACGGCCAUGCAUCACCUAUCCUCCCACAAGCAUACGAGAGCGACAGAUACAUUGCCAGGGACGACUUCCUCCUUAACAGACCAUGGGUCCUCUACGUAUCUGCCCUUGUGGUCUGGUGCUACGGUUUUGCGCUCGAAGGGCCCAUCGAUCCAGUCCCACGCGACGAAGACUACGAGACCUACGAACAGCGCGAGAAAGACAUGCGCACAUAUCUCGACAGAGUCGCUGGUGUCCAGGCACCCGACGAUCUCGAAGGCGUCCAAGGCAAGAAUCGCUGUUUGGGUCUGCUUCUAAUCCUCAAAGAGAGCUUCGCCAGCACCAGAUGGGAAUUGACCCACGAGGCGGCAGGAUUGCUGGGCAACGCGGCGGCGAAGUUGCGGGGUGUUGGGGCGGGUGGUCCUGGUUGGUCGCCUGUUGAGCCGAGGAAGCAGAAAAUGGCACAAAAUACCGGUGCGGUGAAAAAGGUUAAUGGGCAUACUGUUGAUACUAUGCCUGUGAUAGAGUAUGGAAGCACAGUGUCGGCGUUCAAUACAGCGCGACCAUAG